AAGAACGAGAAUAAGUCGAUUUUACUGAUUAGUCUGUGAUUUUCGCGAUGCCUAGCAAGAAGGUUCGAUCAAUGACAAAGAAGGAGUUGAUGGCGAUAUCUAUCGCUAUGAUUUCAGCUGAUUCUAAACUUCAGGGCUUGUGGUUGCCAGAGUUCGCUGCUAAGGUGGUGAGGGCUCACGUCGUGGGUUCAGGUGUCCGAAACGAUAAACAGCUAAAAGAGGUACUGGGCAAAGUGUUGCAUACGCUACGUGCGAACACGAACCGUGAAGUGACCCGCAAGACGCUGGUAGCGACUGGACUACUCGUGGAGGCAGAGUCAGUGAGCCAGGAGCCGGUGUAUUCUGUGAAGGACAUUGUUGCUCACGACUACACUAAGGAAGGGUGCGUGGCAACGGUGCGCUGGGAGGAUACCUGCGAACCCAUGCGAGCACUUCCGCGAAAUAUUGUUCGGAAGUAUUUUCGAAAAUGUAUCGGCCGUGGAAGUGCAUUUGAGCGGAAAUAUGUGCUGGCUGAAGCAGAAGAAAAGUAACGAGCGUUCUGUUAGCUAAGCUAAAGAGUUAACAAUGUUUGCUGAGUUUCAACAC